AGGGUUUUACACAGAAACAAAUAGCAAAAGCUGAAAUAAGAAACAACAUAUAUAAGCGAUCUUCACUUGUAAAGCUUUUUUCUUCCGUCCUUUGAUCGUCUUCUUCGUGUGCUCUGCAAUAAGACAGCGGAGGAGAGCACCGUCAGCUAACAAGAAUGGUACACGUCUCAUUUUAUCGCAACUAUGGGAAAACCUUUAAGAAACCAAGACGUCCCUAUGAGAAGGAGCGUUUGGAUGCUGAGCUGAAGCUUGUUGGAGAAUAUGGUCUCCGCUGCAAAAGAGAGCUUUGGAGGGUUCAGUAUGCAUUGAGCCGCAUUCGUAAUGCAGCAAGAAUGCUUCUCACCCUUGACGAGAAAAACCCACGUCGUAUUUUUGAGGGUGAAGCACUUCUGAGGAGGAUGAAUAGAUAUGGUCUUUUGGAUGAGAGCCAGAACAAACUCGAUUAUGUGUUGGCCUUGACUGUGGAGAACUUUCUUGAGCGCCGUCUUCAAACUCUUGUGUUCAAGUCGGGUAUGGCCAAGUCAAUCCACCAUGCCAGAGUGCUCAUUAGGCAAAGGCAUAUUAGGGUUGGGAGACAGGUGGUUAAUAUUCCCUCAUUUAUGGUGAGGGUGGACUCACAAAAGCACAUUGAUUUCUCACUUACAAGUCCUUUUGGUGGUGGACGCCCUGGUAGAGUGAAGAGAAAGAAUCAAAGGGCGGCCAGCAAGAAGAAUUCCGGUGAGGAUGGAGAUGAAGAAGAUGAAGAGUAAGCUGUAGUGGUCACAUAACAAUGAUUGAUGACUUUGUUAGGAUAUACAUGAGUUCUUCUCAUUGAUCACUUCUUUUGAUGGACUUUCUUUUAAUUUCCUAUCCACAUGAUGGUUUUUUGAGAAUCUUUAAAGUUAGCAAUUAUUUUCCUCAAGUUCUUUAUUUUAGAUUCUAAGAUUUCUUUUGCUAUUGUCUAAGGAAUAUACAUGGUACUUGUUCAACUUGCUCAGGGUGUCUUUGCCAGAAAGAAUGUAAUCUGUCAUCUAUUUCUGUAUGCUAGUGCCUCCCUCGAUAUUAGCCAA